CCUCCGCCCGCAGCGGUGUCAUCUGGCAACUGCCGUCUCUUCCAGGGCAUCCUGAAUUUGGGCACGAGUGAGAACAAGCUUUGCUUUGACUUAAUAGAGGAGAGACUCACAAGACCUGACAUGAAUUAUCUGCAGCCCCAUCUUUUCCAGUAUUCUGAUACGCAAGGUACUAGAAGCUUCAGAGAAGAAAUUGCCAAAUUUCUAACUGACUAUGCCAGAGCUGCAAAAGCACUGAAUCCGGACCAUAUAACUGUUAUGAAUGGCUGUUGUGCUGUUUUUGCUACUCUGUCAACCGUAUUAUGUGACCCUGGUGAUGGAUAUCUUAUUCCAGCUCCAUACUAUGGUGGUAUAAACUCGAAAACAUGGCUAUAUGGCGGAAUACAGCCUGUUCACGUUCCCUUGUUCAGUGAGGUGACUGAUGAAGAAAGUCACCCUUUCCAGUUAACAGCUGAAAAAUUAGAAGAUGCAUUACAGAGAGCUAGAAAGCAGGGCAUCCGAGUCAGAGCAUUAAUCCUGAUCAACCCCCACAAUCCAUUAGGGGACAUUUACCCAGCACAGUUACUGAAAGAAUGUCUAGAGUUUGCGCACAGAUAUGAAUUGCAUGUAAUAAUGGAUGAAAUAUACAUGCUGUCUGUUUAUGAUGAUACCACCUUCACCAGUGUUCUUAGCUUAGAUUGUUUACCAGAUCCAGAACGGACACAUUUUAUGUGGGGUUUUAGCAAGGAUUUUGGUAUGAGUGGUAUCAGAGUUGCAGUAUUGUACACCAGAAAUCAUGAAAUUCAGAAAGCUGUGAAUCAACUGGCUGUCUUCCAUAGCUGUCCUGGACCUGUUCAGCAUGUUCUCAGUCAGUUCCUUAGGGACAGAGAUUGGUUGGAUAACGUGUUUUUUCCCACCAACAAAAAGCGACUUAAAGAAGCACAGAAUAUUCUUGUGGAUGGGCUUGCAGAUGUUGGAAUACCUGUGCUCAAAAGUUCAGGAGGACUCUAUGUGUGGGCAGACUUCAGAAAAUUCUUAAGAUCACAGACAUUUGAAGCCGAACUUGAAUUAUGGCAGAAGUUCCUUGAUAAAAAACUCCUGAUUAGUCCUGGAAAAGCUUUUUAUUGUUACGAACCUGGAUGGUUUAGACUGGUUUUCUCGGAUUCUGUAGAUAAGAUUUACUUGUGUAUUCAGAGACUUGAGCAAAUGUUAUACACACCAGGCGCAAACAACACAUCUUCCUCUGCAGACGCUGUAUGCAAUCCAGAAAAUGAUUCUUCAGGCAAACCUUCAAGUACACCAGGAGAAGAUGUCUCCCAGCUAAAAAAUAUACCUGUUUAUUAAAAUCAUAUAUGCAUUUAAUAAUAGUUUAGCAUGCUUAUGUUUACUAAAGGUGUGUGUGACUUCAGUAUUUUUGGCUGUAACCUUGCAUAACACUCUCACUUCCCUGUGACCUGGCAUGAAUCUUGCAAGUGGACUUGCUAAAGCUGAAUUUUAAGGAAUAUGGACCUCCUGGAUAUUGUGAAAUUAGCCCCUGUGAAGCACAGGACUUCGUUUUACUCCAUUUCAAGUGUGCUAUGUGUCUGUAAAAUCAGUGAGUCUUAAUCUAUACUUCCACAGUUGUUGAAUUUUGAAAUUUUGAAAACACUGGUAAAAUGGUUGUGCAUAUUACUAUAUACUAUGGACUGUAUAUUUUAAUCAGAUUACUGAAAGUACUGAAUCAGGUGAUAUUCAAAUUUUGCUAACCUUUUGUAGCUGGCAAAAUGUUUGUGUAUAUUCACGAGAUUUCUCUAAACAUAUACCUCUCAAACAUUUUAUACACCCUUCUGUAUAUGCAUGCUAAGUGAGUACUUUCUGAGAAAGCAUUUAGAUUUUUGGCUUCUGGGCUGCCUUUCAGAUUAUGUCUGUGUGCCUGUAUUCAUUGGAUAGUGUUUUCAUACACUAACUAUAAAAAACCCUUGAAGGUCUGUAAUGUAUACUCAUUUGACAGAGUUGCAUGGGGACUUUUUUGCUUUGUUUUUGAUUUGUUGGGGGUUUUUUUUAAGUAUUUGCAGAGUUAAUUCACCGUUUGCUCCAUUAUUUAGGUUUGGUGAGAGAAAACCAGAAUUGCAAAAUUAACAGACUGCUGCUGUAGAGGCUCAGUAGGAGGAUUGCCUCACCGUGGAUCCCUAAUAAACUUGGGA